UUUGGCAUUUUGUGUUAGUCUUUUCAAUUGAUUUUUGUACUUUGAAGGGCUUAUUAAAGGCUGAGCUGAAUGUGUUAUAUAGCAAAAUGCAAGUAAAUGUGUUUCUUGUUUGUGGGGUUUCUCUUCUUGCGCAUGUGUUUCUUGAUUCUGGGGUUUCUGUUCUUGCCCACCAAGUGAAUGAUGAAAUGACUUGUAUAAAAUUUGAACUUUGAGCAAAAAAAUUGGAUCUUUUUAAGUAGAGAUAUCUUUCUUUUAACCCCAUGUUCUGAAAUGUGAAAUUUGGCUCAGUUUUGAAUAAACUGCUGAAACUGUGUUGAAGGGGGUUUUGUAUUUUUCUCUUCUGGAGUGAGAAUUCUUGAAAUUUUUUGUCAGCUUAGUUCUUGAAAUCAUCAUGUGGAGUGGUUCUUCUGAAGUAAGUGAGACGCCGCAGUCUUAUCGUGCUAUUAAGGUGCAUUAUCUAAUGUGCAUGAAGCUAUUUCAGUUUAUAACUAGAGUUUCAGUAUUACUUCCUGAAAUUGAAGCAGCCCGUCCUGGAUGCUCUUCUGGAAGAGAGGCACUUUGCCGGUUGAACAUUGAAAUUGACAUAGCCAAGACGCUGUGUCAGCGUUGCACUGAAUCUAGUAAACUGUACUUGGCGCUAACAGGAGAUUCCAUACUUUCAAGAUGUGAGAAAUCAAGAAACUUGUUUAAGCAAAGCUUAAGCCAGGUGCAAAAUCAGGUUCCAGUAGCGCUGGCUGCGGAGAUUUCACAACUGAUCGCUGAACUGAGUGGUGUGGUAUUCAGCUUGGACCCAUCUGAAGAGGAGGCAGGGAAGGUUCUAAAGGAAUUACUUAGCCGAUAUGCAAAUACAACAGAUUCAGCUGAAGAACAUGCCUUUGAGGCAAUUCAAGUUGCUAUGUCGAAGCUUCAUAUCACAUCUCUAAAAGCUCUUUCAAUUGAGAAAGGAUCUAUAAAAAAACUUCUGGAGAGAGUUGGUGAGAGUGAGACAUCAAAAAGGAGGAUCUUAUCGAUAUUUCUGAAGCUCCUUAAUAAGCAUGGAAAAUCAAUUGUGACAGAGCAAACAGAGAAUGGCUCUCUUCAGCAGGAAGACUCUUACCAAUGUGAAGCAAACUCUCGUUUGGGAUGUCGACUUGAUGAUGCUGAAAUGGACGUUCUGAGGAGCUCUCUACCUCCGGAUGAGUUUAAAUGUCCUUUGUCUUUGAGAUUGAUGUAUGAGCCCGUUGUAAUUGCAUCUGGACGAACAUAUGAAAGAUUUCAGAUACUGAAAUGGUUUGCUGAAGGUAAUGAUACAUGUCCAACAACGAGAAGAAAAUUGGCUAACUUAUCUUUGACUCCGAAUCACACAAUGAAGGACCUAAUAUCAAGGUGGAGUGCAACACAUGGACUUAGCAUUCCCGACCCCAGCAUGGAGGCUGCAGGGGCUCACUUGUUGAAAUCUCGUUGUAGUUCGAUCGCUAGCUUGAGCAGCUCAAUGAAUAAUCUACUUCUUCCCAGCUUCAGCAAUUUAUCUCCUGAAUCUUCAGAUGCAGGUCAAGUGUCCUAUGCUAAGAAACUAUGCAACUUCGAUGCGAUAUCAGAGGAAAGCAAUGACAGUAUUCACAAAGUUCAAUUUCAAGAUAUGGACCUGAAUCCUUUAACCAGGCUCAGUUCACUUUCUUGGGGGUCACAAUGCAUCUUGGUCAGAAAAAUUAGUAACAUUUUCAAAUAUAGCGAUCAAGCUUGCAAUUGGACGUCAUUCGAGGAUUUUGUUCCUGCAAUGAUUAGAUUUCUGAAAGAUGCACAUGAUUUAAAUGAUCUAAAUUCCCAAAAACUGGGAUGUCUAUCAUUAUCAACUGUUCUGCAGAAAUGCAGGAGCAGUUUGGCAUAUUUGAAUGACGACACUUUUGCACUUCUGGUAUCAUUUCUUGGAACGGAUGUUUCCAAAGAAGCCCUUUCUGUAUUGAAGGUGUUGUCCUGCCAUCAAUAUUGUCAACAAAAAAUUAUGGCUUCGGAUGCUCUGACUCCCAUUUUAAAGAUGCUUGAUGACCAGAACAGAGAAUUGCACGAACCAGCCAUCAAAAUAUUAUGUAACUUGUCCGGAAACAGCAUAAUUGUUUCAUUCAUCACACUUUCAGAUGUCAUUCCGAAGUUGAUCCCUUUUCUAGAAGAUAAAGCUCUAGCAAGAGACACUCUUUAUUAUUUUGAAUAAUCUUUGCAUCACUGAAGUUGCUACAGCUUCCGUAGCUGAGACAGAUGGAUGCAUUCCUUCAAUUGUGAAGCUACUCGACAGUGAUAGUCUCGAGGAUCAGGAGCAUGCAGUGUCUCUCCUUCUUUCAUUGUGCUCUCAAUGCAUUCAGUACUGUCGGCUUGUCAUCCACACGGAUGGACGAGUCUUUUCUGAUCUUGCCAAUAUAUAUGCCAACGGAAGUAGCAACGGGAAGGUAAUGGCUUUGAAGUUACUGAGACUGUUUAAUAAUAAUGGAGAAUCUUCAGUUGCAGAUGUUGACAUUUCUAAAGGCUCUACCGUUGACUAUACUCAGCGAAAAUCGAGUUCAAAGGUACCAGGAUUACUCCGGAAGUUAUUUUCGAAACAAGGUUCUGUUGCUAAAAGUAAAAAAUAGAUGCUUGAAACUCUCUCUAGUGUGCUGAUUUCUUGUAAAUAAACGUGUAAAGGAUUGCAUUGGAAGAUACUAUAAUACAAUUUUUUUUUACUUUAGAUUUUUUUCAAAAACUAAAGUUAACCACACA